UUUUUUUUUUUUUUCUUUCUAGUAGUCGAGCGGCCGGAGAAGCGCCCCAGCGCAGCGCACCUGCCGGGCCGAGGGCAGCCGAGCAGCCGCGGCAGGAUGUACCAGGGACACAUGCAGGCAGUAGGUGAAACCUUGAAGAAAAAGUGGCUCUGUCUUCAAAAAAGUGACCUGACCUUUGCUUUGGGCAAAGGCGCUAGGGCGGCCGAUAAGGCUGUGGCCAUGGUGAUGAAGGAGAUUCCGAGGGAGGAGUCUGCAGAAGAAAAGCCCCUCCUCACUGUGGCAUCCCAGGGGUGCAGAAGCCAAAAGGAAGCAGACUCAAGUGAAAAACUGGUGAAUGAGCAACAGGAGAGCAGACCCCUCCUGAGCCCCUCCAUUGAUGACUUUCUCUGUGAAACUAAGCCAGAAGCUGUUGCAAGGCCUGUAACAUCGAAUACUGCAGUAUUAUCAACAGGUCUGGAUCUCUUGGAUCUUAGUGAACCUGUCUUACAAACCCAAAACAAAGCAAAGAAAUCAGAGAAUCCUUCAAGAACUGAAGGCUUAAAAGCUUCAACCCACAGAAAGAAGACAGAGAAUCCUGACCUGAUCAGUGUGGAUUCUGAGCAGAAAGUCCAGGCUGGCAGAGUUGCAGACAAGUCUUCUCUAGAUUUAGUUGAUAUUCAGACACAGAUAGAGAAAUGGGAUGAUGCCAGUUUUCAUGGAGACAGGAGUAGCAAGGUCCACCCUUCUGCAGAGAGAACAUCAUCAUCAUCCAGAGCUCCAUCAAAAGAGAUUUUAUGGUCCACAGAAAACAGAUCACAGUCUGAGCUGACCAAUGUCAAGAGUGCCUUGGACUCUGAUUCAGCAUCAGAAUUAGAACUUGCACCUGCAAUACAGGUGGGGGAGCAGUGUGGUCACAGGACUUUUUCCUGCUGGAAAAGGAACUCUAAUACGGAGGGCUCUGGGCUAAAGGCACGGUCAAGUAAGGAGCAGCGUUGGGGAACACCUCUUCUCUCCAGAAAUCACUCCUUGGAGGAGGAAUUUGAAAGAGCAAAGGCAGCUGUUGAGUCUGACACAGAGUUUUGGGAUAAAAUGCAAGCAGAAUGGGAAGAAAUGGCUCGCAGAAAUUGGAUUUCAGAGAACCAGGAAGCACCAGGGCAAGUCACCAUCUCAACCAUCGAGAAGGGUUAUUAUUUCCACACUGACAACCCCUUCAAAGACUGGCCUGGUGCUUUUGAGGAAGGACUGAAAAAAAUGAAAGAAGGUGACCUGCCUGUUACAAUCCUGUACCUGGAGGCUGCAAUUCUCCAAGAGCCCAACGAUGCUGAGGCCUGGCAGUUCCUGGGUAUAACACAGGCAGAAAAUGAAAAUGAGCAGGCAGCCAUCGUGGCCCUACAAAGGUGCUUGGAACUGCAGCCAAACAACCUGAAAGCUCUGAUGGCCCUGGCUGUGAGUUACACCAACACUGGCCAUCAACAAGAAGCCUACCAAUCCCUGAGAAACUGGAUAAAGCAAAAUCCAAAAUACAAGUACAUUGUGAGAAGCAAAAAAGGCUCCCCAGCACUUACCAGGAGGAUGUCUAAGACAGCAGAUGAAAGCUCAUUACUUGAAGAAGUAAAGGAUUUGUACCUGGAGGCUGCUCACCAGAAUGGUGAUAUGAUAGACCCUGACCUGCAGACAGGACUUGGGGUUCUUUUUCACCUGAAUGGAGAAUUUAACAGAGCAAUAGAUGCAUUUAGUGCUGCUUUAACUGUUCGACCAGAGGACUACACGCUGUGGAACCGCCUUGGGGCGACCUUGGCCAACGGGGACCGCAGUGAAGAAGCUGUGGAGGCCUACACACGAGCUCUGGAAAUUCAACCUGGCUUCAUCAGGUCCAGAUACAACCUGGGGAUAAGCUGCAUCAACCUAGGGGCAUACAGAGAGGCUGUCAGCAACUUCCUCACUGCUCUCAGUUUGCAAAGAAAAAGCAGGAAUCAACAGCACGUUCCCCACCCUGCUCUAUCAGGCAAUAUUUGGGCAGCACUUCGGAUUGCUCUGUCUAUGAUGGACCAGCCAGAACUAUUUCAAGCUGCCAAUGUGGGUGAUCUAGACAUUCUCUUAAGAGCUUUUAAUCUAGAGCCGUAAUAAAAAGGAUUCAAGAAUUGAUUAAAUUGUAUUAGGAAAUAGAGAACUUUUUUACUACACAUCCCCAAAUGUCCACAUUUUCCAAAAGAUCAUGACUGUAGAUCAGUAGGGGAAUUCCUUCAGACAUUAUUCAUAAAGGGAAAGUUCAAAAGCACAAAAGUAGUGUAAAUAAAUUCAAACUCAAAGGGUUGAAAUGAGCUGUGGCUAAUUGGACAAAGCCCUGUACUACAUGAAACAGCAAUUUCUGAAGAAUCUUCAUCCCAUGCAAGCUAGUUCUCUCUAUAUACAUACAGCAGUAAAAAGAAAAGUAUCUUAAGAAGAAACCUAGAUAAUGGUUAUUGCACCUUAGAAUGGCAAGCAGUGCAUCCAAGGAACCUGCUUAGGAGCUCAUUGCACUAUGCUGACACCACUUUGCCCCACAGUGGGGAUUCCCUGUCCUUUGGUUUUCUUUGAUGAAAAAUCUUCCCAAGGUCCGUUUUUAACACAGCUCUGAAAAUAGAUGCAUGUAAAAGGGAUAUGUUUUGUUUUGAAUGUAUUUAUUAGCUGGCAAUCCAUUUUUUGCUUCCAAAGGUACCUGGAUUAGUUUGGACUCAGUUCUGCAGGCUCAUAAGCCAUGUGCAAUGUCAAGGGGAACAUAGUCCAUGGAGGGCUAUGGGAUGAGGCCAGGUACAUUUGGGGAAGCCAGGUGUUGCCAGCAGAAGAGGCAAUUUGCACUGGAAUUGUUACUGUUCAAACCAACUGUCCUUGAUCUGGGACAGUCUGAAGGAGCUCAUGGCAGGGUCUGCACCUUUCUGUGUACUUACGCACUUUAAUCUUCCUUUUUGUAAAAUAGUGCUAUGCUUUUAUUUUAGUCACCAACAAUGGAAUGUACAGGAUGGCCUUGUUGGCAGAGAGGACCAAAUAUAAUUUCCUGAAAUGUAAUGAGAAGGUUUUUAAUAUUCUCUUGUUUAAAAAUGCAAAUACAGUAUAAGCUGUAUUAACAACUAGAAAGAUUAUUAUAUGCAUCCAUCAGGUACUACACAUAUACAUGCAUGUGCAUGCACAUACAUGUUGUAUGCAAAUGAUGUCAUUUCAGAACAUAAAAAGCUGCAGAUCUUCAUUGCAAAUGAAGAAAAAUAUUCAUAGAAGUUACUGCCUGCAGAGAGUGCUCAAGGGAAAACUUUCCCUGAAGAAAUUGGUCUAUACUAUGCUUGUAGGAUUGAGACCAAGGCUUGAUCCUGCUGUUGUGGCAAACAGCAGCAAAAGUCUCCACGAGCUCCAUGAUACCAGAGAAAAUCCUUAGAUAACACCAGUAUGUGUAACUGCUUACAAAUGUGUGUAUAAACACCCUAUCUUCAUUUUCCCUGGCUGGAUGAAUGAGGAGCAGGGUUGGGGCAGUACCAGUCCCUGAUGGAUGGAUUGAUUCAGCUACAAUCAAACACAUUUAGCUCAGGGUGAAUGUGUCAAUCAAAGAAGGAAGAGAAAUUUUUAGGAGGUGAUUUUCAGUUGCUGAUAUUUUAAAUAUUUUUCCUGAAUAGCAAAACAUAAAAAGUGUUAUUAGAUGUGUUGAUCUGUGAUCAGGAAUUCAAUUUGAAGAGUAGCUGCUGCAAUGUGUUAAAGUGGGACAAAUAACACAUUUCCUAUAAACAACACUAGAAGAAAAAUCCAGCUCAGAGGGAUAAAAAAAGAAAUCCAACUGCACAGAUCACAGAGAAAGAUGCUCUGUGGGAGUUGGAUAGUUUCACCAGUACAAACCUAAAGUUUCUUGCAGCUGUCUGUUAUUUUGAGCCACCACUUAAAGGAAAAUUCCAUGUAAGACAGUGUAAUCACUGCAUCUAAUCACCAUAUAUAGGUUGUUAAAUAAAAAUAAUUGUCUUUAGAAAAAUAAAAGGCUUACCCCUCACUCUCUCCCACUGAGUAGAGAUGACGAAACAGCUACCAAAAAUUUUUGAGAGUGCUUAUUAAUUCCUUGUUUACACAUAUAUUCCUGUUUAUCUACCAGGUGUUUCAUAACCGAUUCCUGCAGCUUUCUGUGAGGAUGGGACUGCCUGGGAAUGUCACUUUGGCUAAGUGGGCUGUGUAUGCAUAUCUGCUGACAACAGUUUGCCCUUUUGCUUUGCCAGCGAUGUGUGAUGACAGCUCUUUAUUGAUAAGGCAGAGCAGAAGGUGCAGUGCAAUUGAAUCUGGGAAGUGAUAAGAGAGAAGGGAGGCAGCUUUGAGAAGAGGCUGUAAAGCAAAGGCAUAUGUGCUUCGGCUUUGCUUGAUGCCCUGCCAUCACACAAGUUCUUCUAGGAUAUCCUUUGUGCUGUGAUGUAGUAUAAUCAGUGCUUACGCAGAGGAAUUAGCUGUUCAGGGACUUUAUUUUUAUAUCUUUGAAAUUAACAACAACAACAAAAAAGUAUUUCUCAGAGUCAGGAUGACAACUGGUAUUUGAUUCUUGUGGCAGUUCACUAAACAUCUCCUCCAGACCGUGGAUGAGUAACACAGAAAUCAUUAGGAAAACCUUAUGCGUGUCCAAGCCUCUCCAAAAAGAACAGACUAAGUAGGUAGCUAUUUGUUUAUCCUGGGAUGCACUGCUCAAAACUACAUUUAUCUGCUGACAAAUGUCCACGCCCAUGGGACUGGCACGAGCUGUGUGUGUAACCUUGAGACAACUGACCAGGCUGGACUCUGCCCUCCCUGGCCCUGGCCCAUCUCAGCUCUGCUGUACAGCACCUGGGCUACAAAGCCUGUCCAGAGAGGGGCACAGCCCUGGAGGGGAUCCCAGCUGCUCUCUCCUGUUGUAGCUAGCCCAUGGCCAGUCAGCCAUGUGCCACUGAUAGAGGCUAAAGCAGAUGACAGGGGGACAGUGGCACACCUCACACAGUUCUGGACUGGUUGGGGAGUGGCUGGAGACUGAGCUCACCUCACUCUAACAGGUCAGGCCCAGCAAUUCUUGGGACUUCUGGGCACUUCCUUAGGAUGCUGGGCUUUAUCAUCCCCCUUUAGCCCCCUCUGCCAAGCGCUGUCAGUGCAGCAGACAGCAUUAGAUACAGCUUUGAGCUGACCUCCUCUUGGCAUUCCUUAAAUAUUCAGGACAAGUUUGUAUAUUUGCCUGAAAAGCAAGAGGAAACAUGUGAGGAGGCUGCAGCAUAUUAACAACCUGGAUAGAAAAUUCAUCUACUUGUGCUGCUAACCAAGCAUGAGGUGGGAUAAAUAAGGCAGGUGCUGAACAGUAGCAGAUUGAGCCUGAGAGUGAGAGACAGCAAAUCUGGGUCCUGUUCUCAGCAUCCCUGGGAGCUCGACCAAGUCAAAGCCUCCUGCCAUCCCUGACUUGCCCAGGUGUGCAAGGAAGAAAGAUGGGAAACAGCAUUCCUGGCACUACCUGGGAGCAGGGGGGAAUCACUGCCUCACACUGCAGGGGCCAGGUCACCACUCCCCUGGGCAGGAAGGUAACACAAACACGAGCUUGCUCAGGUCAAGGGAAGCAGUUUCACACAGAAACUACUGAUUUCAGCAGAGGAGAGCCUCAGACAUUUCAGGAUGCUGUAGGGCAUCUAUGAGGUGAGGCCCAAUUAGAGUGCUGCAAUGGUGUAUCACCAUGUCCCACUCCUGUUUCCCUUUCUUGUUACUCCUCUCUUUUUCCAGAGGUGAUUUAUCACUGCCAGGCAACUGAUUCCAAGUUUUUGAAUAUUUUUUUUCUAUUUUAUAUUUCAUGCAAUUAAAAAAAAAAAAAGUAUUCCUAACCCCAGCUUGGGACUGUCCUUGUCCUCUGCAAACCUUUAGGAAUAGUUAUGACCUAGAAGCCUGAUCCAUCAAGCUGCUGAACACUGUAAGCCUGGAGUCUGCACAAGAGUGCUCAGCACUCUGCAUGGUCACUUCUCAUGCAGGCAUUCCAGGAGAGGCUGGCUCUGGCACCACUGCAUGUGCUGAACAGGCACUGGAAUCACAGGGGCUGGUGAGGGAGUGAGGCUUUGCCAUGAGGGCAAAAGGCUCAUUUCUGCCUGACCUCUUUAAACUGGAAUGACCACAGCAUCCUUGUGGCCAGAGACUGGUUUAUGUCAGCUUGAAGAACCAAUUUGACUUUUAUGCACACACAUAAACAUACCUGUAUCUAGUGGUGUUUUCUUAUGAGCUGAUAAAUCACAGCACUUGUAAAAAUAUCGAGGGGGAGGUUCAAAUGCCACAAAACCUCAUGUGACAAUAUUGCAUGCAACUGCAUUAACCAGUAACCACUAUGCAAUAUUAACCCCAAGCAUGCAGCAAUGCUACCUGAGCAUGUGUUUAGAGAAUGCAUGCAGAAGGCUCACUCAUAGGGUAUUCUUAAAACUAUUGAUUCACAUCAUCUGUGGAACAUUUUACAGGUCCCUUGCACCUGCCAGACUCAAAUCUGAGUUGUUAAUAUUAUCUGGAACAGGCUAGAUCAAACACAGAGCCCUUUUAAAAUCCCAUCCUUAGAAUUCACUUUGUGUUGUGGGUUUCAUAUUUGCUCCAAGUGUUUAAUCAUUAACAGACAUCUGUAUAACAGCUUUUGCAGACAUGUUUUAGUCCUGCUUUUUUGUCCUGAGAGCAGGACCCUCUCAAGAAUUGAAAAGCUAAAUUUCACAGGGAAGCUGGGUUGUUUGGAUUUUCACAUUUUCAUCUCUACUCUCAACCCCAGAACAGCCAGGUAUCCUAGGAAUAUCCACAGAGCACGGGCCUCCAUGGCAGAAAUAACAACUGCUGUCCUUACUGGCACAGCCAAAGCCCGAGGCCUAAAUCAUUGUCUGUUGGAGCCAGUGAGAAAUGGAGCAGAGCAUAAAUUGGUUGUAGAUUUCUUUUGCCCAAACACGCAUCUGCAAAAUGAGACAUUAGUUAUUUUCGCAUGAAUUACCUGCACAGUUGAAAAAAAUGUGAUUUCUGGUCACCAGUGUUGUCAGCUUAGCAGUCUGUACAGUGAAUCUAUGUAAUAAAUGUUAAUAAUAUACCAAGUAUUCACAAAAACGGUAAGACAAAAUGCACUGCACGUUGUGAAAAAAAAAUGGUGGAUAUGCAAUACAAUUUUAUCUACUAUUCAAACCUUACCUAGGCUAGCAUCAGAUUCCUUCAUUAUGGUUCUACUGAUUUUUGGACUGGUGAAAUAAAUCAGAGAACAGGAGUGCCAUGGAUGAAGAGAUCACUGACACUUUGAACAAACAUAGGAAAAAUGAAAAACAGGCAUGUCAGAGAAUCCAUGGGAAGUUUCAGAGCCUCAGCCCAUGAAGUAACAGGCAUUAGGUAAGGUAAAGAGAAGGAAUCUAAAUUUUCCUAAAAUAUGCUGUAACUUUACAAAUGCUUGCAAUAUGUGACAGCCCAUUGAGCAAGCUUGCAUGGUCAAGACUUGAUGUGCUUUGAUCUUUUUUCCCCUUCUACAUUUACAGAAUGCCAUUGACAUUGGCUGAACCUUUAAUUUAAAUAGCCUUUUUAAUAUCAGUAAGCUAUUGUAAAUUCAGAAAAAUAAAAAAAAUUUAUAAAUAUAUUUUAUAUAUCAGAGUAUAACAUAUCUAGAGUAAAAUAAAACUAUAUAGUUUUGAGAGGCAUUCUGUGUGGCUUCUUCUAUAUGCUGUAAACUGUUUGAAAACCUUUGCAAUCUUGCAUCAGUUCUUUUGGCUUUAUUUUUAAGCCAACAUAGAGGAAAGAAGUGAUUCCAGGGUUGGCAGAUACUUUCACCUGGGCCAUCUGAAGAGCCCUGCUGUGCUCCCCGGUGUCCCUGGGGAAGUGCAGGGCAGGGCUGGGCAGCGCUGCCCAGGUGGGAGCUCAGCCCUCACCUGAAUGUUUACAUUCCCUUACAAAGGCUCCCACUGACCCAGAUUCAGAGUCUGAAUGUAAGAACACACGGGGUACAAGGUCAGUUUCUUACUACAGGUAACUCUGCCUCUGUAUGCUUAGUGCAUUAUCAGCUGUGUAUAAUAUUAAACACAGACCUAUAGUUUACUGAUGCUUUAAUUUGCUGUUUCCCUGCACUGCUGUUUAAAAUAAUCUGUUUCCUCAAAAGAGUAUGAUGUGCAUACUGGAUGUGUUAAAUUUAUUAAGGUCACAGAUUACUAUUUGCAAAGCACCACACUUAAUGUAGUAUUUUUGUACUGUAAUGGAAGCAUGCCUUCCUUGGGUUCUUUUCCACAUAUUAAAUUGUAUUUAUUAAUUGUAUUUAUAACUGUGCAAUUUUUAAAUAUGUUUUAAAAAUAAACUUUGUCUGUGGCUUCAAAUA